AUGAAUUUCGAUGCUGGAGGUCCAUCAUAUUUAUCAUCAUCUUCAUCUUCGGAUGAUGAUAAUUUUCUGUCCAAUAUCAUUGCAGAGAUUGAUGAAACCGAAGAAGUAAUUUGUGAGUACAUCAACAACAACAUGAUCCUCGUUAACAAGUUACGUCAACAAAACUACCAACCGAUCCAUGGUGGCUCGAUUCCCGGUCAUGCAGUGAUCAACCACGAUCGAGAAAAUGCGCAUCAGAAUUUGAUCAUAGAUUAUAUUGCCGAUAAUCCACGUUUUGGAGAAGAUAUGUUUCGUCGUCGAUAUCGGAUGUCAAGAAGUUUGUUCAUUCGUAUUGUUGAUGCAGUGAAAGAUCAUGACUAUUACUUCCAACAACGAAGUGAUGGACUUGGUAGAAUGAGAUUAUCACCAUUACAGAAAGUAACAGCUGUUUUUCGCAUGUUGGCAUACGGUCUACCAGCUGAUGCUACGGACGAAUACGUUAAAAUAGGUAAGUCAACAGCAAUUGAAAGUAUGACAAAAUUUUAUCGUGCUAUGGUGGAAAUAUUCGCAGAGCGGUAUCUACGAACACCUAACGCUAACGAUAUUGCUAGGCUACUCUAUAUUGGACGUGGUGGGUCACCAACUAUUAUCCUUGAAGUUGUGGCAGAUUAUGAUCUUUGGAUAUGGCACGCAUAUUUCGGUAUGCCAUGCACCAAUAAUGAUAUCAAUGUGCUGGAGUCAUCUAAUCUUUUCUCUAAUCUAGCUCAAGGUAUUGCUCCUCCCGCUCACUAUGUUAUUCAAGGAAAAGAGUAUAAUAUGGGUUAUUAUUUAGCUGAUGGUAUAUAUCCAAAAUGGGCUACUAUUGUACAAACAAUCCAACAGCCACAAGGUAGGAAGAAAAAAUAUUUUGCCAUGAAACAGGAAACAUGUAGAAAAGAUGUAGAACAUGCGUUCGGAGUUCUCCAAUCACGAUUUGCAAUUGUGACAGGAUCAACACGUUUUUUGAAAAAAACAUGUAUUACAUGA